CCAAGCUCAAGGAGAUCUACAUGUGCGACAACGAGAUCGGCCCCGAGGCCGUCCGCCGCUUCUGCAAGGCCAUCGGCAAGGGCGACCUCGAGGUCCUCGACCUCAUGGGCAACCCCUGCUCCGUCGAGUGCGCCAAGGAGCUCGCCAUGUGCAACCACACGUCCGACAAGCCCCUCCGCCACCUCGAGCUCGGCCUCUUCGCCAUCGACAAGGAGCAGCUCGAGGCCGAGGAGCGCGAGUGAGACGGGGGGCCUCGACGUAAGCUCCGUGCGUUUGGCGGUCUCGCCGCGCGGCGUCUCCUUCCCGCCGCGCCGGUGCUGCGCGGGACACGUCGGGCGGGGCGUGCUAGUGGGGGGGGGAGGAUAUAUCCCUUCAAUAACGGAGGAAAAAAGCGACGCCGUGCGCGAUCAUAACAUAGGAACAGUGGUUCUGGUCGUCAGCGGUGACACGCAGCCCCGGUUGCCGCUCGCGCGCGACGCCGGCAGCCCCGGCGCCAUGUUCGACGUCUCGGCCUGGUUCCAGGACGCGUUCUGUGGCAACGUCUUUUGCACGGACGCCCAGUCGAUCCUCUGCGAGGACGCCUUCAAUCCGGACAAGCCGCCCGAGGAGGGCCAAACCGUGCGCGAGGCCGCGCCGCUGCCCGCCGUGAACUCGAACAAGCGCCGCGCGGCGAGCCUGAAGCUCGCGGCGCGCCUGAAGACGGCCGUGCUGCAGAACGCGGGCAAGAACGCGCUCCACGCCGACUGCGCGCGGUACUGCGAGGCCGCGCGCGACCAGAUCUGCCGCGAGGGCCUCGGCGCCUGGGCGCGCCUCGUGCCCUCGGGCCACCGCCUGACCCACGCCGACUUCCAGAGGGUGCUCGGCGUGCUCGGCGUCGGGCCCGAGGGCGUCGAGAACCCGCGCUGGUGCGUCCGCGCGUGGGCCGCCGCGGCCGAGGGCAGCGAGGCGCGCCAGGACCGCGAGCGCCAGCUGCGCGCUUUGGGCAUCGCCGGCGCGGCCCUGGACCGGCCGGACCCCCACACGGGGAACACGGCGCUGCUCAUCGCCGCGGCCGAGAACGCCGUCGGCGGCCGCGACGCGCCGCUGAACCAGCUCGUCGAGUUCGGCGCGGACCUCUUAGCGAAGAACAAGAAGGGCCAGACGCCUCUGCUCGUGGCGGCGGGCAAGGGCCACGCCGACGCCUUCCGCGCGCUCGCCUGGUGCCUCGAGCGCGACGGCAAGCUGGCGGAAGCGGCGAUCCUCACGGUGACGAGGGACCGCGCGUCGGUGCUCGACCUCAUCGUCGACCGCGGCGACGCGCCCAUGCUCGUCGAGGCCCUCGGCUUCGCGGACCUGCGCGCGCUCGUGGACCUCAAGACGCGCGGCGGCGACACGCCGCUCAUCGUCGCCGCGCGCCGCGGCCGCCGCGACUGCGCGGCGGCGCUCCUGGACCACGGCGCGAAGCUCGAGGCGACGAACGCCCAGGGCCACACGGCGCUCCACACGGCCGCGGAGCACGGCCGCGCGCCCGUCCUCGAGGAGCUCCUCGCGCGCGGCGCGCUCACGGACCGGGCGGAAGCGCAGCUCGCGCGGCUCGCGCGGCGCGCGAUCGCGGCGGUGCCCGGCGACGCGUGGAACCUCGUCGUGGGCUACGGCGGCGUCACCGUCGCGGUGUCGCUGCGCUGCUGCUCCGCGCAGCUCCGGCUGGGCCCGAACGUCUUCGCGAGCGUCUUCGCGGACGCGACGCGCGAGCGGUUCCCCGCGAUGGCGCUGGCGGUCGUCGCGGCGAACGGCCGCGAGUCGGACCACGAGGCCAUCUACAAGAGCCUGCACGAGGCGUACAACUCAACCGCGGGCGCAGAGCGCCGCGACGACUCGAAGACGACGUGCACGACGAUGCCUCGUCAUCGAUCGCUCUGGCUCGUCGCCCUAACCAAAACGACCGCCGCCUACACCUGCGCGGCGCCCGGGGGCACCGUGGCGGAGCUCGUGCACGCCCUGACGGAGGGCCCCUACGACAAGGCCGUCCGCCCGUCGCGCGCCGUGCUCGCCGCCGCGGCGCCCGACGCGGCGGCGUACGCGCGAGCGAUGCGCGGCGCGAACGUCUCCGACGAGGCGGUCUACCUCGCCGCGUCCCUCUCGUCCAUCUCCGAGCUCGACGAGACGGCCGAGACCUUCGACGCGACGGGCGUCUUCUCCUACCGGUGGCGCGACGCGCGCCUCGCGUUCGCGAACCUCAGCGCCGGCGGCUGUUUCGACGCCGUCGACCUCUCGCCCGACCUGUUCGCGCGCCUCUGGCACCCGGACCUCCACUGGGCGAACCAGAUCGCGACGGGCCGCGCGCAGCCGGAGGCCCGCUACGCCCCGGCCGCGACGCUCGCGAGCGACGGCACCGUGACCGCGACGACGGCGACGACGGCGACGUACACGUGCGAGCUCGACCACGGCCGCCUGCCCUUCGACACGCAGGCCUGCGCGCUCACGGCGGGCCGGCGCCUCGGGCGGGCCGGGGAGCGCUUCGUCGUCGACGGCGCGUCGCUCGUGCUCGAGCCCACGGUCGAGUCGCUCUACUGGUACUUCGCGAGGACGUCCGCGCGGCUCGAACACGGCGUCGCGCAGCUCGAGUUCGUCGUCAAGCGGCGGCGCUACUACUUCUUCACCAACGUCUUCGCGCCCGUGACGGCCUUCGUGGUCAUCGCGGGGAGCUCCUUCGUCGUGGACCGCUACGCGUCGUCGGCGCGCGUCGGCCUGUGCGCAUUGAGCCUGCUCAUCAUGAUCAGCCAGAUCCAGUACCGCGUGAAGAUCCCCGACGUGCCGCGGCCCAUCUGGCUCAACGCCUACCUCGGCGGGAGCAUCUACUUCAUCAUGGCCUGCCUCCUCGAGUACUCGCUCCUGCUGGCGGACCUGCGGCGCCACCACGAGCCGCGCGCGCCCCGGUCGCGCUCCGUCGCGAACGUGGCCCUGGCGACGCCGCGCCACGCGCGCGACGACGGCGGCGACGACGGCGACGCGCCGAGCCCGUCGCGCGACGCCGAGCUCGCGGACCUCGUCGGCCGGCUGUCGUCGGCGCAGCUCGCGCCGGCGCGCGUGACCUUCGACGCCCACGCCAAGGGCGGGGAAUUGGGCGUCGGCGACGUGAAGCGCGCGCUCGUCGACUUUGGGAUCUACUUUUCGCGCGCGCAGACGGACCGGGCCGUCCGCAUCGUCGUGCCGGCCUCGAAGGCGAACCGCGUCCUCGACUUCGAGGGCGACGAGGGCGACGGCGACGACGCGCCGGCGAAGGUCCGCACCUUCGCGACCUUCGUGCUCGUGCUCUCCGCGAUCGAGGGCCACCAGCAGCGCGCGUUCUCGGAGACGUCGACGUCCUUCGCGGACGAGCCGCGGUCCAAGCAGAUCGACGAGGUCGCCUUCGCCUGCUACUUCCCCGCCUACCUCGUCUUCCUCGCCAUCAUGUUCGCCCGGAUCGACUCCUACUCCGGGUAG